AGAUAAAUUAUCUCGGCAAAUGUUUAUCCAAAAAAAUUGUCCCCGCAACAGUCAUACUUAUUCUUCACGCCUUCAAGGCCACACUCUCUCUAAUGGAGCAGCUGUCUCUUCUGCUCUGGAAGCAGUUCCGGCACAGGAGUGCUAUAUGCGCCCGCUGCCUUUACAGCGGUACAAACUACUUUCUCCCCGCUGCAGGUCCGGCAACAUCGACCCGUCCUUCCCGUAGACAUCUGCACUCAAACCCGUACCAGCAUAAACAGAUAGCCACCCCGGCUCAGCGGAAUGAGGAAGAUGAAUCACACGCACUCUCCUCCAAACAGCCUCAUCAGACAUAUCCCUUACAAGGCUACUAUCUUGAAAUCCUCUCCAAUCCAUACUCACAACACCCCGCCCGCCGCACCCGACCUCCCUUACCCGAAGAGAAAAUGUCUCCACCUGAGGUGGUAGAUAAUGCCAAAACCCAAUCCCCGGAAUCAGCCCGCGAACCUACUCCCGCUGAAAGGAUGGGCAUAGUCUUCGGCACUCGGCUGGCGGGGCCGGGCUACGCUGGUUCCUCCGGCCGUUACGACCCCGGCAGCCGCACGCCUGAAUCCACCUGGCGCGUCAUCUACGGCAUUCCCAUCCCUCCCCGCCCCCAGGAACCCGAUAACUGCUGCAUGAGCGGCUGUGUCCAUUGCGUCUGGGAUGACUAUCGAGAUGACGUUGAGGGGUGGGCGGAGCGGGUGAGGGAGGCAAAGAGGAAGGGAAAACAACUAAAGAAGGAGAGGCGAAAACGGAAGGCGAAAGGGAAGAAGGGGGCUAUUAUUGCUGAGAAAGGGGGCGAUAUCGUUGCCGUCGGGGAAAUACGACAUAAGCCGCGGAAGGAGGUGGAGAGUGCUAGUAUGAGUAUGGAUGAUGAUGGUGGUGGGUCGGAGGUGAAUUGGGCUAGUGCUAAUGGCAACGGUAUUGGUGAUUUGGACGACGACCUGUUCGCCGAUAUCCCGGUAGGGAUUCGGGAGUUUAUGAGGAUAGAGAAGAAGUUGCGGGAGAGGAGGAGCAGGGUGGCUGAAGCAGAGACGGGGAGCGGUGGUGGGGAUGGGGAUAGGGCCUCGGUUUAAUGACUUAGCUGGCUGGCUGGAAGGCUUUGAUCAUGGACUGCUGAAUGUGUCCGGUAAUCCUCACUCAAUGUUUAUAGGGCGUGAUUUAUGCCCUCUUUUUUCUUUCUUUCUUUCUUUCUUCUUUCUUUCUUCCAUUUCUUUUCUUGAUUCCCUAGACGCGAAUUCAAUAUUUUUCUGUGUACAUUCGUUCAUAUUAUGUAUAUAAAUGCAUGGAUAAAUAUGUGUUCCUUUUAGCCUGAUAUUAUAUUGACCAUUGCAUCGAACAUUCUUCAUUCACAAUGGUUAGUAUAAUGUUUUCCUGUUUGUUUGUGGAGGUAAAAGGAAAGCUGAAAUCGAACCAAAUGCAGGUCCUUUUACUUUUAGACCGCACACGCUAUGCUCAAUCAAAUGGAUAUGGAGCGGCUCAAAUGGCUGGAAACUCGAUGUAAAUGCGACGUAGGAAACUUGUAUAAGAAAAGAAAUAAAAUAUGUAUAAAAAGGAGUGGAAGGCCCAGAUGGAAUAGAAUACCUUCUAUACGCAUAUGAGAAAUAGCGAACAAACAAGGGAAUAAACACUCUCAAACUCAUAACUUCGUUAAUUAACCAAGUGGAGAAAGUGAUAUAUGAACGUCAAGAAAUCAA